AUGGCGCUCUCUCUUCGGUGGUACGACGCCCUCUGUUUCGCCAUCGUCGCCGCCGCGGCGCUGGGCGCGGGGUGGCUCAUCCUGGCGAAGGUGCGACGGCGCCGCCGCGAGAAAGUCAACGGCGCCGCCGGGUACGUGAGCCUGGCGGCGGAGGGCCCCCCGGAGCGGCGGCGGCGACGAUCCGACGGCGGCGCCGGGGUGUGGGUGAGCUCCUGGACGGGACUGCACCCCGGAUGGCUGCUCGGUGUCCGGGUGGCGUCCGCCACCGUCAUGGUGAUUCUGCUGGCCUGCGACAUCGCCGAGUGGGGCUUGCUCAUCUUCGUCUACUACACCGAGUAUGACGCCACUCUCCCUCAUCAUCUCUCUCCCUCUCUCUCUCUCUCUCUCCGUCUCUCUCCAUUAUCUCUAUCUCUAUCUCGCUAUCUCGAGUACACAUCUUUCGUUUGGUUUCGAUUCGUCCACCAGCGGAUUCCGGAUGUCUGGGCAAUGGGCUAGCUAGCUCCGCGAGUCGGGGGAUUGCUGAGAAAGCUGGCAUGGUUCGGAUUCCCGAGGAUUCUUCGUUUUACCACAGUUCAUGCCCUGGUUCGUUAG